AAUUUUACUAUUUGACAUUUCUCAUUGUCACGGAAUCGGAUUUAUUUGUGAUUAAGUUGUGACUCAUCUCAACAAAGUUUCUAUUUUCCAGCACUGAAACUUUUGUGUCUUAACGAAGCCAUUCAGUGAUACUUAAAAGGCUUCGCCUUUAAUUUUUUUAUACUAGUUUCCGUAAACCGUCAAGCUGGGGAACGAAAUGUCAUCGUCUGCAAUGGAAAAACAUCUAUUCAAUUUAAAAUUUGCGGUCAAAGAGUUAGAACGAAAUUCAAAAAAAUGUGAGAAAGAGGAAAAACUUGAAAAAGAGAAAGCAAAAAAGGCGAUACAAAAAGGUAAUACAGAGGGAGCUCGAAUACAUGCAGAGAAUGCAAUACGACAGAAAAAUCAGGCUCUUAAUUACCUUCGGAUGUCUGCAAGGGUGGAUGCGGUUUCCAGUAGAGUACAAACUGCUCUUACAACAAGAAAGGUAACAAAUUCAAUGGCCGGUGUAGUUAAAGCAAUGGAUGCGGCAAUGAAAUCUAUGAAUCUAGAGAAGAUAUCAACUCUAAUGGACAAGUUUGAGAGUCAAUUUGAAGAUCUUGAUGUACAAUCUUCGUACAUGGAGAACGCUAUGUCUCAAACAACAACAACUACGGUACCACAGGGUGAUGUGGACAAGUUGUUGCAACAAGUCGCUGAUGAAGCUGGAUUGGAACUGAACAUGGAAUUACCAUCAGGUGUGCCAAGCACAUCAAUAGGCACAACCACUGUGGUGUCACAGGAACAGGACGAGUUGACACAGAGAUUGGCCAGGUUACGACAAACUGAAUAAUGUUCAAAAUGUACAGAAACUUAGUUAUGUUAAGAUUUUAUACAUACAUGCUUUAUAUUGUGAUGGUAAUGAAGUUUUGAAAGAAAUACCCAUUAUUUUUUUAUGAUUACUUAUAACUAAAGAUGUUUUGCUACUCGUUACUUUGAGUUUUAUACUCUUGAGAUAUCUAUAUCAAAACAUUGUUUUCUGUUUACAAGAGGAUUUGAAAGAUGAAAAUAUGUUCAGAUACGGAUGUGUAGGCAGUGGGAACUCAAAGUGAGGUAAGAUUAUUACAUUUUAUUUUCCUUAUAGCAUUUGGCUGGCUUUAUGAAUCUUAAAUAAAACAUUGCAGUUCAUUAUGAUUUCUGUUGUUACAUAAUAAAAUAUUUCAAUAAAUUUUCGAACUAUUUAUAUCUAAGAUAAUUAGCAUUUAAUGUAUAAUUUUAUUAUUCUAAAUAAUUUGCUGUUCACAAUCUUACUAAUAUAUCAUAAUGAAUACAAUUCUAAAAAUUGGAAAAUUAAAAGAAAAAUAUUGUUAAUGACGGCUUUUGAAUAGAUACAUUUCUUGUAAAAAAUGUUAUAUUAUUUAUGUUCAUCAAAAAAAAUAAUGUUUAUAGCCAUUUGAAACCUGUGAAAAAUACUUUGUGCAGGAAUAUAUUUAAUCUGUAUUAAAAUCAAUUUAAAUGCAAUCUUAUGA